AUGCCUAUUAGCGUACAUCGCAUCACAAAACGCAAGAUCACCUCGUCUGGAUUCCGAGUCGACAAGCUCCGAUUUCGAAAGCGUAUCAACAACAAGAAGGACAAGUCCGGUGCUGCACUGUACGAAGUCGACCUCGCUGGCAGCCAUCAACCUCUCAAGGCCGUGCAACAGACUCAGCGUUUGACGAUGGGAGAGAAAGCCAUCAACCCGACGCACAAGCGGAAAGCAAGCUCUGAAGGUGCUCGAGAUGAUGCAAAGCGCGUCGACCUCGGUAUGCGCAACGCACAAGAGGACGAGAUCAGCAGUCAGGAUAUCUCGUCGCAGAACCCACUUGAUCUAGGGAGAGAAUACAACAUGCUCGUCGACAGCUUCGACAAGCUCUUCGUCUCCGAGGAAGGAAAGGAAAUAGGGAUGAAGACGCGGAAAGAUGCAGAGCUGAAGAAACAGGCAGCUCUUGAGCGGAUAGCAUCAACCAAUCGAGUCUUGGAAACGACGGAGUUGCUGGAGAAGAUCCUCUCUUACCUCUCCCCUGGCAACAUCCUCACAGUCCUGUCAGUCUGCAAGAUGUGGAAGGCGUGCUACGCCGGAUCUAAGACACAGCUUCAAGCUAAGACUUUCUUCCGACCAUCCGGCGUACAUUACCCUAUACCGAAUUCAAACUUGGUGUACUCGCAAGUCAACGCUCUGGUCAGCAAGUCCUGGGGCCCAACGCCAAAUUGGCGAUUUCCCGGUGUGCCCGCUGGACAGACCUAUGUACAGCUUCUACUCCCUCAGGGUGUGGCCAAUAUGGAUAUGCUGCUGAUAUGUCGUGAUAAGCGAUUCUCAGGACACAGCGAGAUCCGCAUCGUCUUUGACAAGGACGAAACAUGGCGGAUAAAACACAUCGGGUCCUGGCGGCACCUAGUCGCCGUUGAUCCCCCGUGUCCAAUUCUCAUCACGGUUGAGUGUAUAGACGAUGAGGUAUCUCCGGCUGGGUUCACUCGGCGAAAGGUGAGGGCCUACGUGCCGGUCCGCAGGUGUCCACUAGGAAGGGUGGUGGCGAUCGCACAAGGACUGAACGCCUUCCUGGUGACGAAGUACUUCCGAAAGGCAAGCAGUGGGAUGUUCGAGUUGGAUCCAACGCGUGUGUCGAACUACCACCGGACCUGCACAACUGAGCCCGCGAGAUGGGAGGUGACGAAGACAAUGGUCGUCAAAAAGAGGCUGGGGUAA